AUGGCUGCCAACCAAAGAGACGGGGUUAACAACAAUGAUGGUCAAAAUCACAUCGCUCAGGACCAAAAUGUGCGAGCAUUAAGAUAUUAUGUGCUCCCUGCUGUCACAGGAGUGCACUCAUGCAUUAGACCGCCGACUGUUACUACCAAUAACUUUGAGAUUAAGUCGGCGAUGAUACAAAUGGUCGAGACUUCUGUCCAGUUUGGUGGUCUCCCCAAUGAGGAUCCUAACUUGCACAUAGUGAACUUCCUUGAGCUAUGUGCAAUGUUCAAGUUUAAUGGGUGGCCUGUCGAAAGAGACACCUCACAGAGAAAAGUAGCUGGGGUACAUGAAUUAGAUGCUAUCGCUGCUUUAACUGCUCAGCUUGCUUCAUUGACAAAACAGUUGCAACAAAACAAGAUCUCAGCUCAAGCCCAGGCUAUACAGAUGCAAUCAGGGUGUGAAAUAUGUGGAGGGCCUCAUUUGUAUGAACAUUGUACAGCGGCCAACAUUUAUGGUAAUAUACCAGUUGAUCAGGCUCAGGUACAGGCAGUUGGUAAUUUUCAGAGGCCAUAUCAAAAUUCGUUCUCCAACACUUACAAUCCUGGGUGGAGAAAUCACCCAAAUUUCUCAUGGAGAAACAAUCAGGGCCAACAGUCACAGUUUCAAGGGCCAUACCAGCAAAACAUGUCACAACAGCCUAUGAAUCAAGCCUCAUCGUCACACCAGCCUAGACCGCAAGAUCAACCAGAAAAUCCUAAUGACUUGCAAGCAGCCUUGUUGACUCUCACUAAUACUUAG